AUGGCAACCACACCGUCACCGUCACCACAGGCGGAGAAGCUGAACGUAAUCGCCCUCAUCUCCGGCGGCAAGGACUCGUUCUAUUCCCUGCUUCACUGCCGGGAGAACGGCCACCGGGUCGUGGCCUUGGCUAACCUCUUCCCCUCCGCCGCGGGAACGGGAACCGGCACAGGCCGGACAAGCCCGUCGUCUUCCGUAUCCGACGAUGCGGCCCCACCUCCCGGAGCUACCAUCCCUGAUCAAGAGGAUGAGGACCUCAACAGCCACAUGUACCAAACCGUGGGCCACAGCAUCAUCCCCCUCUACACCGAAGCCACCGGCAUCCCCCUCUACCGGAAGGCUAUCAGCUCCUACGGUGCGACCCAGCGCGGGAAGGAUUACUCGCACUAUGUCUCCACUCCGGAGGAGGUCAACGAGAGGAAGCAUGACGAGACGGAGUCGAUGUUCUGUUUGCUCAAGGGGAUCAGGCAGAGGCAUCCAGAGGUGAAUGCGGUUUGUGCGGGGGCGAUUCUCAGCACGUAUCAGCGGACGAGGGUUGAGUCGGUGGCUGUGAGGUUGGGGUUGACGCCUUUGGCGUACUUGUGGAAGUUUCCUACUUUGCCUGCUAGUCCGGGGGGUGAUGAUGGGCAGCUGUUGCUGGAUAUGGAGCAGGCCGGGUUGGAGGCGAGGAUUAUAAAGGUUGCGAGCGGGGGGUUGGAGGAGGGGUUUUUGUGGGUUAAUGUUGCGAGUAGGGAGGGUAAGGACAAGGUGGAGAGAGGGAUGAAGAAGUAUGCUUUUGGGGGAUGGUUGGAUGAGGGGGUUGUGAUUGGGGAAGGAGGUGAGUUUGAGACGUUGGUUGUGACAUUAGGUGGCCAAGAC